UUGACGAGCGAGGAAGAGCGAUUGAUCCUGCGGUAUCACGAACAUAAGAUUCAGACGAUAUGCGCGGCGUUUGUGCUGCCGCGAAAGGUGAAGAGCACGGCGGUGAUGUUGUUUAAGAGGUUCACGCUGCGACACGGCGUCGGAGCGCACAGCCUGAAGAUUAUCAUGUUGACGAGCAUAUACGUCGCGUGUAAGGUUGAGGAGAGUUACAUCAGCGCUGAUGAGUUUUGCAAAGGGGUGAGAGAGGAUCCGGCGCGAGUGCUCGCGGCGGAGGUGACGUUUUUGUCGGGAUUGAAGUUUCAGCUCGUGUGCUACGGCGCCGCUCGACCGCUCGACGGGUUCCUCAGAGACGUGGAAGAUGGAGGGUGUAAGGUCACAGGCGCACAGCUUGUGGCGUGCCGAAAGAGCGCUUUAGAGACGAUCGAUGCGUUGAUGCUCACGGAUGUUCCUUUAGUGCGUCCUCCGGGACAAAUCGCACUGUGCGCGCUUCGUCGCGCUGCGCGCCAAGCCGAGGCAACGGACCUUGUCGAGUAUUGUGAAGCCGUCGGUGCGCGCGCGACGGGGAUCGUCAAAGCGCCCAAGGGGGCGUUGUUGAAGGGCAUUUUAGAUGAGAUCGAGACGCACGUCGAGGACGGCACUGAGCCCGACGAGGCGGUGGUGAAGAAGAUCGACAAAAAGCUCAAACUGUGGCGAGCAAAGUACGUCGCGGCGAGCAAGGCGACGGCGGAGGACGAAGCGAAGAAGACCGAGCGCGACGCCAAACGACGA